GGCGUGAGAGAGGAGGACGCAGGCAAAGCUGACAAACGCAACCCAAGAGUCCAACGAAAUCUGCUGGGACAGAAAGAAACCGCUGGUCAUUUACAGUUAAUUGAUUUAAAAAUAUACCCAUAUUAUUAUUUGUUUUGUUUUGUUUGUUCUUUUGUUUUGUUUUAUUUUUUUGUUUUUUUGCAGUUUGUGACAUUAGAGGAGUCGCGUAGCUUACACAGGCAGUUAAAUCGGAAGUGACUCCACUUGGACUUUUUUUUUUUUUUUUUUUUUGCUUGGACAUCUGUGCGCUCGGCUGUGGCGGUGUCAGGCUGGAUGCCAUGGACCCGCUGCUCCCCGCAGACACGGAGGUGAUGGAGCGAGAGGAAGACAAGGAUGCGAAGAGGAAGAUCCAGUUCUCCGUGCCUUCCUCCGUACCCACCCAGCUGGACCCGCGACAGGUGGAGAUGAUCCGACGUCGGAGGCCGACACCGGCUACACUCUUCAGAUUGACAGAUCCACCUUCACCGGACGAAGACAGCGGCCCUCAUCAGUGGGUUCUGGGGGAAAAUGGAGCCUUGAAAGCCAAACUGGUCCACGCCUCCACCUACCAGCCACCCUCACUUAAAGCUGUCCAGAGGAUGGCCCAGGCCCACCUGGCCUCCCUGGACAGAGAGGAGCCCUCCUCUGCGGAGGAAGAAGAGGAAGGUGAGAAAAAGAGCCAGCAGUCAGACUCAGCUACAGAUCUAAGAGGAGAAAGCAGACCGCUCAGGGAUCAAUGUGCUCCGUCAGACAUUUCAACAGUAAGUGUUGAUCUCAGCCGUCACCACGGAGACGAGGAGGAGGCCAAAGAAAGAGAGGAAGGAAAGGGAGAAUGACAAAAGAAGACGAAGCUCUGAUGGAGUGUUAGUGAGGAAGCCGACUUGCAUAGCACGUGUGGGCAUGCAUGGGUGUAUGUAUGAGUGUGUGUUAGAUGGGUCUGUGAGUGUGUGCAUGCAUGCGACAGGAAUGUUGAAUGUGGAAAAGAGAGAGAGAGAGAGGGAGAGGGGGGAAAAAAAACAGACGGGCAUCGAGAAAGAAAGGUCAGAAUGUUAAUAAGCUGUUCAUGAGGAAAAGUUUAACCUGAGACUUUGCGAAGGGAAUCACGUCUUCGGUCAGCCGAGGAAGCCAGAGCUAAAUUCCAAUCAGCCAAGGACACUGCACCAGAAACAUGAGAACUGCGGCGUUUUCUCUUGCAAUUACAUGUGUUUUUUGAUUUUUUUUAAUAAGAUCAACAGGAUUCGAGAUAUCAACAUGUUUUCCUGACAAUUGCUCCACGGGACAAGUUUUCCAUAGAACUCCAUCCACGUGCGAAGCAUCGGAUUCAGAAUGACCUUUUAUUUGCCAAGUGAAACAUACUGCACAGGUCACUGGUGCUCAAACGCGCACCUCGAGAACAAUAAAGAAAUAUAGCAGAAGAUGCAUACGGCUUAGGACAGUACCUCCCUUUUUAUGCAAGGGGACAAGUAAUAUGCACCUGAAAUAACCAUGUGUAUACUGUGCAAAUGUAUAAAAUUCAGUUUUAUCUGUCGUGUAAUGGCAGUGUAGUGUUGUUGCAGCAGAGAAGCAGUGUUGUUCGAGGCAUGUGAUGAGGUUGUUGUCUCAUACUGUGUGGGCAGAAAUUCUGAGUAAUGUCCCGGGGGUUAGCAUAGUAUAUAGAUAUGAUAAACUAUAAAAUUAUAUACAGUAUAAUACACAUUAUAUUACAGUGUACAAGGGUACAAAGUCAGACUCAUUCAAAACUCAAUCUGGGUCACACAAGGCUGCCUCUCAAGUUGAACUCUCUCAGUUUGAGUCUGAUUGCAGACGAUUUGAGCGCAGUCACAGCCACAGCAGAUCAGAUUAAAUCAUGUCAGCCUAAUCCAACUAAUCGUGAUAAUGCGGCACAGUUGUACCGGUUUCAUAUUUGUAACAUGGCGAUUAGCAAGCAUGAUCUGUGUCGGAUAACAAAGAUGGUGCGGUAGGUAGGAGCUGAAAGUAGACCUAUAUUUUUUCGAAAACAAAUAUAUUCGUGAUGAGGAUGAAGGUUCAUUCAUGGCCCUGUAUGUAAAUAAUGUUUUGUGUUUGGUUGCUAAUAAAACAAUUAUAAUGGG